AUGGUCUCGAACGGCGUUAACGGGCACAAGGUCUCUCGUCCUCUUCGUCCCGGCAUUUUCGCCCCCAUCCCCACCUUCUUCCUCCCGGACACGGAGGACCUUGACAUCCCUUCAUUCGAGACUCAUGUUGUCCGUCUCGCAAAGGCGGGAGUUGGCCCUCUUCUUGCUGGGUCCAUGGGCGAAGCGCACCAUCUAUCCCAUUCGGAGCGGGUGACCCUCAUCAAGGCUGCUCGCAGCGCACUCGAUGCUGCGGAUCUUCCGCACGUGCCCGUCAUCGCUGGGACCGGAGCGGGAAGCACCCGCGAAACGCUCGAGCUCACCAACGAAGCCGCCGCUGCAGGUGCUGACUACUCCAUCGUCAUCACCAGCGGGUAUUAUGCUGGCGUGCUGGCAGGGAACAAGAACGCCCUGAAAGCGUUCUUCACCGAGGUCUCCGAGAAGAGCCCGAUACCAGUCAUUGCAUACAAUUAUCCUGGGGCGAGUGGAGGGAUCAACCUCGACUCGGACAUUCUCGUCGAACUCGCGACUGAAUGCCCCAACCUCGCGGGUGUCAAGCUAACAUGUGGUGAUGUCGGGAAAUUGACGAGGGUCUGCGCUACGGUCUCUUCUCCGUCUUUUGACAAGACAAGCCCCCGUAAAAACCCGGAUGCACCCUUCCUCGUCCUCGGCGGUUUUGCCGACUUCAUCCUGCCCUCAACUUACAGUAAGGGUCAUGGGGCUAUCAUCGGAUUAGCCAAUGUAGCACCGUAUGCCACUGCUCACCUCCAGGAGCUUUCUGUCCGUGCCUACACGAAUCCUUCCGAUACGGCUGCCCUUGCCGAGGCUCAGCGUCUGCAAGGCAUCGUCGCUCGUGGCGACUACACCAUCGCGAAGGCGUCCAUAGCCGGCACGAAGUACCUCCUGGAGAAGCUCUACGGCUACGGCGGAGCCCCUCGCAAGCCCCUGCCCCCGAUCUCGUCUGCUGCCGGAGAGGAGCUCUGGGUACACCCGGACGUACAGGAUCUCGUCCAGCUCGAGCGGCAGCUGAGCGGCAAAGCUGGCAGCAAGUGA